AUGCAGGCAGUGCCGAGUCUCGUCGGAGCCGGCACUGCCGUCGCCGCCGCCGCCGUCGGCCUUGUCUUCGGCCAACCUCCCGAGGCCGAGACCCCAGCUCACUCGAUCUUCCCUGCCGACUAUGAUGGCUUCCGUGCCCAGUCCCCUCUCCCCCCCCGUCCGAACACCAGCGCGGCUGCCCUCUGUCAGCCGUCCUCUCCUCUAGCUGACGACUCCCUUUAUUCCCCCUUGCAACUCAGCGACAUAGGUCCCGGGCCCCUCUCCCCGCUAGCUACUAGUUCAGCGAAUAUCCCUCGGCCUGCCACCGCCGCGCAGCUCUCUUCGCCUAAGUCGGAGUGGAUGAGACCCUUCUUUCUGCGAUCAAGCGACCCCACACCGAAAGCAACUGUGGAAAAUGCUCGCGAUUCAAGCUCGUCUCGCGAGUCGUGGAUGCGCCGCCUGUCUCUUCGGCCACUGUCCCAACACGGGAGUCCUAGGUCGAGCACGGCACCCGACUCGUCCUCCAUGUCUUUCUCGCAUAGCUCUGCCGUGCCGAUGCUUGGUCACCCCCAGUCGGUUCAUGCGGCGCCGAACAAACUGAUCAAGCGCUCCCGGCUCAAUGGGCCUGCUUCUGGUAGCCAGCGGAGGGGCUCGCAGGCUCUGACUCUGCGUCGGCCUGCUACGAGCCACCAACGGGCUGCGACACUGCAGCUGAUGCAGCAACAGAUACAGCAAACCCAGCAGAAUGCUACUGUUCUCGAGCCAAUUUCACCAGAUCCGAAACUCUCCCUCGACAUGUCAGUGCUCUCGCCGACUUCGCCGAUCUAUGCGGAACCAAAGCGAGCUUCUGGGAAGUGGGCCUCCUUCUUCCAUGCCCGGCGCUCCAGCUCUCUUAAUCGGGAUUUGUCUGGCUUGCCUUCGGCUGCUAUCCACUAUCACCAUGUGAUGUUCCCUCGCAAGAAGUUAUCGAUUCCAUUCGGUCGAGUCGUGCGUGCAUAUCUUACCAAGCCUGAUCAGCUAGACGACAUUCCUCCUCUUACGUAUGAGAGCGACCCAGCGCAAGAAAAGUCUGCGCAGGAAGAACAGAGGACUUCUACCCCCGACUUGUUCGUGUCAGACGAGCCAACACCCGAUGAGCGGCCUAAGAGGUCCUUAUCCAUGCAUUUUUUGUCGAGGCCCAGCAUCCGGCGGCGGAGAAGAAGCACGAUCGGUGCGAAGAACGGCCAUGCUCGGUAUUUGUCGGAUCCUGGAACUGCGCUGCAAUCUACGAUCCAGAACCCCGUCGGACAGGAGUCUGAUAGCACCCAUGAGCCUACAGCGGCCCUUCAAGGCCCUGAAACGGGUGUGCCAACGUCUUUGGAGCUUCCGCUGAGUCGCAGAAGGAACUCUCCAUCUCCUCUUCCGCCGUUAAACCGUCUCUCCACCUUUAGCAUCGACUUGUCGAAGAUUGGAGAGGCUACCUCGAUCUCGGUGGAUGGGUCUAGACGGAUUCCCACACCCAUCAACUACGCAAGGGGCCCCCAGACCCCUUCUAGCCUUGCUCACAGUCGUGGUCCAUCGGGCCAGCAAUCCUUGACUCUGGCAGGGUCCGACUUUGAUUCCCGUGGUACAUUUGGUGACGAAGACACUGACCUUAGGAGCGACGGCAUGUAUGACUCCUUCCGUACUGGUGCCUCCUCGAGCCGCAUGAGGUCAGUCGAAACCCCGAUCGAGUCGAUGUUUGAUGAGUCCCCUCCCAGCUCGGCAUGCCACUGCCGAACCAAGAGGUUGUCAGUUCAGGAAAUGCUCGGACCCUCCUGGGAUGGUGAGACCAAGAUCAUCGAGGAAGACGAGACUCUUCCAAUGGCUAAUGGGGUCUCAUACCAGUCUAUGGGCCCUAACAGCAACAACAGCUUGUCCCUGGUCACCCACGACUUGGGUCGAUUGUCUUUUGACGAUGAAAAUGAUGACGACUGGGCACGCGACGACGAAAACACUCUGAGCAACCACUUGUCGCCGCCAGGCUCAGCCAAUUCUAGACGUAUUCCUUUCCCCUUGCGACAAGCCCUGAAGAGCACGAAUGGGGGUGAAAACCUUGCUCCUCCGAGGGAAAGCAUUGACAGCAGGCCACGGAGCAGCAUCUUUGACUGGUCUGAGCCGUCGGUUCACGACAAGCAUGAUACGGAUACGCCACGCCCUAAGACGGUGCACGGGAAGCAGGAAUUAGACUUAAGGGGAGGCCGUCCCACAACCCGGAAACCACCCGGCGCUGCACAUGUACGGAGCCAGAGCGUUCCCAUUGUUCCUGAUCUUGUAGACAGCUCGAAACCUCAGCCCAGGUUUGGAACCUGGGGUCUUGGAACCAAGACGGUCAGCGAGGAUUGGGAUGACGACUUUGAGUUCGAAGGGGACGAUCUUGCUACGUCCACUAUAGCGGGAAAAGAUUCUGCCACGAGUUUCUCUGUGGUAGUCCCUGCCUCGAUUCAGGCGACUCAGCCCAGCGUGAGAGCACACUCUGGUCAAAUUCGAGAACUAUCUUUGUUGGUCAACGACCUCAAGCGCCUCUGCCGUCAUGGGAAGGAGCUCGACAUCCUCAAUGGGCCGGCAGCAGCUAAGUUCUCGGAGGCGGAGAGCAUCAUUGUCUUAGCAUCGCCUGACGAAGAAGAGCCGAAACCAGCGAGUCCGUCUAAGUCAUCAAGAGAGUUUGACCGGUCCGAUGUCGACGAUAGGUUCCUUGAUGAAGGGUUUGACGGCCCGGUUCUUGAUAAUUCGGACGAUUCCUUCGACUUCCCCGAUUUCCCUGACCUCGAUAUCGAAAUGUCCAAAACCGCGGUUGUCCGGGAGCGCCCUGGCGUUCGCCGGAGAUCGGUCUUCUCUCCCGAGGAUGACAUAUUUGGCGGCAACUGGCCGCUGAACGACGGCAACGCGAGUAGCAGCUCGCCCCGGCCACGUACCCCUUCGCGGACUUCGACCCCGAACCGUACUUCUGCUGUGGUCUCUGCCGUUAUUGAGGUCCUGCAGCAACAACAGCGCGCCGGCAAGCUGGAUAAUAGCAAAGCCUCGCCGUUCAAGUCUACCCCUACGACUCCCACCACGAAGCUGUUUUUUGACACCAACAGCCUACAAGAACUGGUCAAGCGUGCCAGCCAGUUGCGUGAUGCGUUAUCGGAGGUGGUCCGCAAAGCCGAACUGCUCACUCAGAGUCCUGUUAGCACGCCUCGGCGCAGCGAACGGAGCAGCAGUCAAGGCCGAAACCUCGACGGCAGUCCAGCGUUUACGAGCGUCUUUGACAAUCAUCCGAGCACAGGUUCUAGUCCGCAGACGCGGCUCCCGAAUAGUCAGAGCGGUAGUACAAUUCUGAGCAAGGCGUCGGUGGAUGCGAUGAGAAUGCCUAUGAUGACUGUUAACUAA